GAUCCUUGAACUUCCAUUAAUUUCUUUUUUUAUUGAGAAUACCAACCACUGACUCUUGGCUUCAGCUAAACUUGUGAAUAUUGGGAUACAUCUGAUAAUUCUUCAACGGAAAAAUCAGUUAUCCAGUUUCCAGAGCAAGUCCCGCUGAGGAGUCUAAACUGAGGACUAGUUUCUACAGACUUCAAAUUCCAAUCAUGAAAAUGGAAGGUGCAGAGUCUUUGGACGAAUGGGAGCAAGUCCAGUUGGAAAUUGUUGCUGCUAGAAACAACAACCAUCUUCCAGACGACCUCUCUAUUUUCCCUCCAAGCUACCACGAGGGCCUUCAACUCCCACAACCGUCACCAACACCUCUGCCAGAUUCUCCAACUCUUAGCCGGGCGAGUUCAGUUGCUGUGUGUAGUACGGAAGCUGGAGAAGGAUUGUCGUUGCCGUCCAAUUCAAUUUCUAAACCAAGCGCGGGAAAUGAGAUUGGGAAGCGUUUGAGGUUGCGCUUUGAGAUUUUGAGGUCUGGGAUUUUUAGGAUUGCAAGCAGAGCUCGUGGAAGAGGUGGGUUUUGGUCAUUUGCGUCCAUGAGUGUAGUAGUGGCCACGGCGGUGCUGCUGUACUCAAGGGUGCAGAGAUGGCGUCAAUGGAUCCGGAAAGAGAGCGAGAAUCGUCUGAUCCACCUUAUCAAAGAGAAGGACCAGAAGAUUAGCCAGCUCUUGGUUCAGAUUGCACAAAUGAAUGAGAUGAUAUCUGCACGCAAGAAGAUUCCUGUUACCAGAGUUGGUUGAUUAAUCAGGAGUUCUGUUUGCAGGUGCUACCAGGUUCCCAACAUCUUCCAUUUUUAUUCACAGAGAGAAAGAAAGACAUGUAUAUGUAGCUUUGUAUUUAGACGCUUGUCUGUUAAAUUGGCGACUGCACCAGUUUUCAUUUGCUCAUCUCAAUUUACUUUUUUCACAUACACA